AUGGAGACGUCGGUGAAAGCAGCUAAAGUGUUAGUUCCUCCUCAACCCAUCGACAACAUGGAAGGUGAAGAUGAAGCUUCUCCUGCAGCCUGCAGCACCCCCUCCCCCUCCUCCCCUUCCCCUUCCUCAUCCUCUGAGUUCUUCAACCCCAUGGAGGAGUUCAGCCGGCAGCUUGAGGAUAUCAUCAGCACGUACAGCUCAGCAGCCAGCGGGCUGGACAAACAGCAGAGUGCUGUGGAGGCAGAGAUGGAGAAGAUGAAGAAGGAGACAAAAGAAGACAUUGCAGCGGCCACAGAGACAGAGAUGUCUCUCAUCAUGCAGAGUCUGAAGAAGCUCUCCUCUCCGCAGAAGAAGCUGGACGACGUGGUCAGGAAAUAUGCAGAGCUGGCAGCCCACAGGCAUGUGGAUGAGAAGAAGCUGUGUGUGCUGCAGCAGACCUUGUCCCUCCUGCUGGACGAGCGGCAGCAGCUGCAGGCCGAGAGUCGCAGCAGCGUCACGGCUCGCGGCAAACUGGAGAGCCUGUGCAGAGAGCUGCAGGGACACUACAGCAGGCUGAGGGAUCAGACCCUGAAGCGCUGCAGGGAGGACGAGGAGAAGAGGAAGGAGAUGACGGGACACUUUCAGAUGAUGCUGACGGAAAUCCAGUCUCAGAUCGAGCAGCACAGCACACGGAACGAGAAGCUGUGCCGCGAGAACACCAACCUGACGGAGAAACUGGAGAGUCUGAUGAACCAGUGCGAGAUGAGGGAGGAGAGUUUGGAGAACAUCAACGAGCGCCGCGACCUUCAGCAAAAACUGACUGAAGCCAAACUGCAGCAGGCCAACGCGCUGCUGAGCGAGGCCGACGAGAAACACAAGAGAGAGAAGGAAUACUUGCUUAGGGAGGCUAUUGACAAAACAAAGAAAUGCUUCGCUAUGAAGGAGCAGGAGCUGGCCAUGAAGAAGAAGCUGACUCUCUACGCUCAGAAGUUUGACGAGUUCCAGGAGACUCUGGCCAAAAGCAACGAAAUCUACGUCCGCUUCAAGAAGGAGAUGGAUAACAUGUCAGAGAAGAUGAAGAAAAUGGAUAAAGAGUCAAAUCUGUGGAGGACGAGGUUUGAGAACUGCAACAAGGCUCUGAAUGACAUGAUGGAUGAGAGGACUGAGAAAUGCAAAGAGUACGACCUGUUCGUCCUGAAGAUUCAGAAGCUGGAGAAGCUGUGCCGUUCUCUGCAGGAAGAGAGGGUAGUCCUCUACGACAAGAUCAAGGAAGUCCGCCUGGCUAACUCCAACAUCCAGUCGAAGAUCUUCGUCAGCUCAGAAACCACCAACCCAGAGAGUGCUGACAAACCUGAACCGCCGGCCCCUGACGUGCUCGACGAGCUCCAGCAGAUCCAGGAGGACGACCCGGUUUUAACAGAGAAUAUGACCCGCCUUAGAGAGGAGCAGGCCAAGCUUGCGGAGCUCGCGGCUUCCCUGUUGUCCAAACCCAGCAACGAUGAGAAAGAGUCCAAGGAGGAUGAAACCCCAGAGGAAGAUGAGAUGUCUUCUGUGUUCAUCCAGUUUAAAACGAAACCCAAAGAGGAGGCCGUCCCUGUGAAGGUGGUAGAGGACAAACUAGAUCAAGUGGAGGAGGUCCCAAAAGCAGAAGCUCCAACAGCUAACACAAAACCAGACGUAGAAGAAGUCCAACCCCUGAUCAGCAACUCAGAGGAGAAACCAGUAAAACCAGACCAGCAACAACCUCCUGAACCAGCGUCAACAUCGGAGCCUGAAGAAGUCAAGAUCAGUCCACCAGAGGCUGAGAUCAAACCAGUGGUCCCAGUGGAGGACAAGAAAGUCCAACCGGCACCAGAAGAAGCACCAUCCAAGUCCGAAUCAGCUCCACCUUCCAAAAACACGCCCAAAGCCGCCGCCGCCGCCGCUGCCCCCUCCAACGCCGAGUCCUCCAAGAAGCAAACACCAAAGAAGAAGAAGAAGAAGAACGGCGGCAAGAAUGCUAGCUAAAACAUAGGGCGAGGUGGAGGUGUGUGUGUGUGUGUGUGGUGAAUUAUUAGAUGCUAAAUCCUUUAGUUUGUCUUCGCUGGAGCAGCUGAAGAGUUGCUAUAGUCAUGUAACCAGACGAGGACAGACGUGAAGCUGACUGUAUUCGACAGUUUGAAUGUGGACUUUUGGUUUUGGCGUGCGCGACAAACACGAGAUUCUUCCGUCAGAAUUGUUGAGUGUUGAUAAAAGCGGACGAUCUUCCCCUCACGGGAUGCUGAAACCAAACCUUUUGGUCGGUGUGUAAUCCAGUAAAGUUAGUGAACUUGAAAUCACAAUGCAACCUGAAUAAAGUGAUUUGUUUUUUCACAUGUACACCA